AGAGAGCGAGAGAGAGAACGAGAUCAUUUGGAGACGUUGGUGCAGUGUGCACCGUUCACUUGGUUUUGGGGAGUGAAUCAAACAGCCAUGGUGAUAAAAGUCUUUAUAGCAUCAUCCUCUGGAUCGACAGCGAUUAAGAAGCAGCAGCAAGACAUCAUGGGUUUCCUUACUGUCAACAAGAUUGACUUUGAGGAGUGUGACAUCGUCACUAAUGAAGACAACAGGAAGUGGAUGAGGGAGAACGUACCUGAAGACUUCAGACCAACGACGGGUGUCCCCCUGCCUCCACAGAUAUUUAAUGAAGAACAAUACUGUGGGAACUAUGAGGCCUUCUUUGAUGCCCGUGAGGAGCAUGCAGUGUAUGCCUUUUUGGGCCUAACAGCCCCUCUAGGCUCCAAGGUAAAGACAAUGGUCUUAUGGACAUACUCAGUCUGUCAAAACCACAGGAAGCAGAGGCCUUGGCCAGACAGGAGCAACAGUAGCCAUAUGGUUUUGGUUAGCGGACCACAGUGCCCUCUCCUGGCGUCUUCCAGUCAGCUCUACAGCAGCCUGCCAGUGCUCGUCUGGAACACGUCUUCUCAGACCAACCAUAGAACUUUAUUUUGUUGUAAAAUGUAACCAGUCUGGUAUCAAAUUGACCAACGGAGCAUGGCCAAAUGUUGUGUUGUAUGACAAUGUAUUUAAUGUGAUAAUCUUGUUAUGUUUCAAUAGUUCAAGCCAAUGCUGGGCAGUAUCCAGUGUUCAAUAUGAUUUUGAAAUCAAGGCAGAAUGAGUUCCCAAAUACUAGGCAUUUAGUAGAUCAUAUAGACAUGCUUUACACAUUUGAGAAUAUUUAAUUAAAUGAGAUAUUUUUCAACUUUGAUAAUAAAAUAGUGUUACUUCACUA